AUGUCUUCUAAAAGUGAAAAACUAGAAAAAUUGAGGAAGCUACAGGCUGCUAGAAAUGGUACAUCCGUCAAAGAUUAUGAAGACGAGGAAUCUGACGGUGAUAGAUUAUAUGAUGAAAUUGAUGAGAAAGAGUAUAGGGCAAGAAAACGUCAGGAAUUGCUGCAUGAUGACUUUGUUGUCGAUGACGACGGCGUAGGCUACGUUGACCGUGGUGUCGAAGAAGAUUGGAGAGAUACUGGUGACAAUUAUAGUGAGGAAGAUGAUGAAGACAUUAAUAAGCAUACUAGCAAGAAUUCUAAAAGAAAUAAAACUACAAAAAGGGAAAAAGAUCAUCCAAUUACAGAUAUGUUGCGUACUCAACAUUCCAAGUCCACACUACUGGCGCAUGCACAAAAUCUCCAGAAAAAAAGUAUUCCUAUUAGUAACUUUGAUGAUAUUCUUGGUGAGUUUGAAUCUGGGGAAGUAGAGAAACCCAUUAUGUCAUUGCCAUCCAAAUUAAGGGCAAAUUUGAACUCUUCACCUACCAGUGAACUUAAAUCAUCUGUAAAAAGAAUCAAUGGAGAUGAUAACUUACAUUCUGAUACUACUAUUUCUAAAAGAGUCAAAAUUGAUCCAGAUUCAAGUGUAGAUAAAUAUUUAGAAAUCGACUCUUCACCAUUAAAAUCACAAAGCAGGAAACAGCGCUACGCAAACGAUGUACAGGAUCUAAUAGAAGAUGUGGAGAAUUCUCCCGUGGUGAUUACAAAAAAACAAAAAGGAUUGAAAGAUUCAUUGCUUUCAAACCCACCAUCCACUCAAAGUUUUACUAAUAACAAUGAUGAGGAAGAUAGUGAUGAUGAUGAUAUCAUACUAAAAAGAAGAACCAUGAGAAGCGUCACCGCAACUAGGCAUGUUAAUAUAGAUUCAAGAAGCAACCCUUCAACCUCACCCUUUGUCACAGCACCGGGAACGCCAAUUGGCAUUAAAAGACCAAAUUCAAGUAGGUCAUCACGAAGCACUACUGAUCCUACUACAUUUACCGUAAGCGUUAAAAAAGAAGACGUAAUUGAUACCGAAACUGAUAGUUUUCAAUUGUUUUGGUUAGAUUAUUGUGAGGUUAAUAAUACUUUGAUUUUAUUUGGUAAGGUGAAACUCAAAGACGACAAAUUUGUAUCAGCCAUGGUUCAAAUCAACGGUUUGUGUAGAGAGCUAUUCUUCCUUCCAAGAGAGGGUAAAACACCAGUUGAUAUUCACGAGGAAAUUAUUCCAUUACUGAUGGAUAAAUACGGAUUAGAUAAUAUCCGUGCUAAACCACAAAAAAUGAAAUAUUCCUUUGAGCUUCCUGAUAUUCCACCCGAAAGCGAUUAUCUGAAAGUAUUGCUUCCAUACCAGACACCGAAAUCUACUCGAGACACUAUUCCAUCCGAUUUAUCGAGUGACACUUUUUAUCAUGUUUUUGGUGGUAAUUCCAACAUUUUUGAAAGCUUCGUUAUUCAAAACAAGAUUAUGGGCCCCUGUUGGUUAAAUAUAAAGGGAGCAGAUUUCAAUUCAAUUCGUAAUGCUUCUCAUUGUGCAAUUGAAGUUUCUGUAGAUAACCCCCAGAAUAUCACUCCUCUUGCAACAAAGACGAUGCCUGAUCUGAGGUGUUUGUCUUUAUCAAUGCAGACAUUAAUGAAUCCAAAGGAAAACAAGCAAGAAAUUGUCUCGAUAACAUUGUCAUCUUAUAGAAAUAUCUCAUUAGAUUCACCCAUACCUGAAAACAUCAAGCCAGAUGACGUAUGUACUUUAGUUAGACCGCCUCAGUCAACUAGUUUCCCAUUAGGGUUAGGUGCAUUAGCUAAGCAGAAACUCCCAGGUCAGGUUAGGUUAUUUAACAACGAAAAAGCCAUGCUUUCUUGCUUCUGUGCCAUGUUAAAAGUAGAAGAUCCUGACGUAAUUAUAGGUCAUCGUUUACAAAAUGUCUAUUUAGAUGUUUUGGCCCAUAGGUUACAUGAUCUGAACAUUCCUAUGUUUAGCUCUAUUGGUCGUCGUUUAAGAAGAACUUGGCCAGAGAAAUUCGGUAGAGGAAAUUCGAGUAUGAAUCAUUUUUUCAUUAGCGACAUCUGUUCUGGUAGACUGAUAUGUGAUAUUGCUAAUGAAAUGGGACAAUCAUUGACACCUAAGUGUCAGAGUUGGGAUCUUUCAGAAAUGUAUCAAGUGACAUGCGAAAAGGAACAUAAACCAUUAGACAUUGAUUACCAAAAUCCACAAUAUCAAAAUGAUGUAAAUAGUAUGGCCAUGGCUUUACAGGAAAAUAUUACUAACUGUAUGAUUUCUGCAGAAGUAUCUUAUAGAAUUCAAUUAUUGUCAUUGACCAAGCAAUUGACCAAUUUGGCUGGUAAUGCAUGGGCUCAAACUUUAGGUGGUACAAGAGCUGGUAGAAAUGAGUACAUCUUACUGCAUGAAUUUUCAAGAAACGGUUUCAUUGUUCCUGACAAAGAGGGCAGUAGGAACAGAGCUUUAAGACAAAGGCAAAGUGAUGAUAAUACGGAUGCACCAACCAAUUCUAAGAAGGCAAAAUAUCAAGGUGGUUUGGUUUUUGAGCCUGAGAAGGGUCUUCAUAAGAAUUAUGUUUUAGUUAUGGACUUUAACUCUUUGUACCCAUCUAUCAUUCAGGAAUUUAAUAUUUGUUUUACCACUGUGGAUAGAAAUAAAAAUGACAUCGAUGAGUUACCUAUUGUACCUCCCUCCGAGGUGAGUCAAGGUGUCUUGCCGAGAUUAUUAGCCAAUCUGGUUGAUCGUCGACGUGAAGUUAAGAAGGUAAUGAAAACUGAAACAGAUCCCCAUAAGCGGGUUCAAUGUGAUAUUCGUCAACAAGCCCUUAAAUUGACUGCUAAUUCUAUGUAUGGUUGUUUGGGUUAUGUUAAUAGUAGAUUUUACGCCAAGCCGUUGGCCAUGUUAGUCACUAAUAAGGGUCGUGAGAUUCUAAUGAACACAAGGCAACUAGCUGAGAGUAUGAACCUUCUUGUUGUGUAUGGUGAUACAGAUUCUGUUAUGAUUGAUACAGGCUGUGAUAAUUAUGCCGACGCAAUCAAAAUUGGUUUAGGAUUCAAAAAGCUAGUAAAUGAGCGUUAUAGAUUGCUGGAAAUUGAUAUUGAUAAUGUUUUUAAGAAGUUACUUUUACAUGCUAAGAAAAAGUAUGCUGCUUUGACCGUAAAUUUGGAUAAGAAUGGUAAUGAAGCUACUGUUUUAGAAGUUAAAGGGUUAGAUAUGAAGCGCCGUGAAUUUUGCCCACUUUCGAGGGAUAUUUCUAUACAAGUCCUGAAUACCAUUCUGUCAGACAAGGAUCCAGAGGAGGCAUUACAAGAAGUGUAUGAUUACUUAGAAGACAUCAGAAUCAAAGUGGAAACAAACAAUAUCAGAAUUGACAAAUAUAAAAUCAAUACGAAGCUUUCAAAAGAUCCUAAGGCUUAUCCAGGUGGUAAAAACAUGCCUGCAGUUCAGGUAGCUUUAAGGAUGCGUAAAGCUGGUAGAGUAGUUAAAGCUGGUUCUGUCAUAACAUUUGUAAUCACAAAACAGAAUGAAAAGGAGAAUGCCGAAAACACGCCCGCUCUUCCUGUGGCCGAACGUGCCUAUGCAUUGAAUGAAGUAAUGAUUAAGGGUAACAAUUUGAAGCCUGAUCCGCAAUAUUAUCUCGAGAAACAAAUAUUUGCACCAGUGGAAAGGCUGUUAGAAAGAAUUGAUAGUUUUAACGUAGUACGUUUGAGCGAAGCGCUUGGUUUAGAUAGUAAGAAGUACUUCAGAAGAGAAGGUGGUAGUACUAAUAGGGAAGAUAUCAAUAACUUGCAGCCUUUGGAAACAACAAUCACAGAUAUUGAAAGGUUUAAAGAUACGGUAACACUAGAACUGAGAUGCCCAUCAUGCGAUAAACGGUUUCCCUUUGGUGGCGUUGUGUCUUCAAAUCAUUACCGUGUGUCUUACAAUGGUAUACAAUGUAAGCAUUGCGAGCAAUCGUUUGCCCUUCUUCAGUUAACCAGCCAGAUAGAGCAUUCAAUAAGGGCACAUAUCUCCUUAUAUUACGCAGGAUGGCUACAGUGUGAUGACAGCACAUGCGGUAUUGUCACCAGGCAACUUUCCGUUUUUGGUAAACGUUGCCUGAAUGAAGGCUGCACAGGUGUUAUGAAAUACAAAUACACUGACAAACAAUUGUACAAUCAACUUUUAUAUUUCGAUUCUUUAUUCGACUGUGAAAAAAAUAAAAAGCAAGAAUUAAAGCCAAUAUAUCUACCUGGUGAUCUCGACUAUCCCGGUGAGCAGCUGACAGAAUCAUCUGUUAAAGCCUUAACAGAACAAAACAGAGAGCUCAUGGAAACAGGCCGUGAGGUCGUCCAAAAAUACUUAAACGAUUGUGGGCGUCGUUACGUUGAUAUGACCAGCAUAUUUGAUUACAUGAUAAGUUAA